AUGGCGAAUGAGGAUCUGGUUUCAUGGAAUGCAAUACUAUCAGGUUACUCUCAAGAGGGAAAUCAUGGGCUUGAGGCUAUUUUUGUCUUUAUUGAGAUGGUGGGAGAAGGGAUGGGGUUAGAUCAUGUCCCAUUUACUAGUGCAGUUUCAGCUUGUGGUCAUGAAAUGAAUUUAGAACUUGGGAAACAGAUACAUGUUUUGACAAUUAAAUCAGGAUAUGGAAGUCAUGUUUCAGUUUGUAAUGUAUUUUUCUCGACAUAUUCAAAGUGUGAGGUUACUGAAGAUGCAAAAGUAGUCUUUCAGUGCGUGAAUGAUUUUAACGUAGUGUCUUGGACAACUAUGAUUUCAAUAGACGAAGAAGAUGCCAUCUCUCUAUUUAAUGAGAUGAGAUUGGAUGGAGUAUAUCCAAAUGAUGUUACAUUUGUUGGACUAAUCCAUGCUAUAUCAAUUAGGAAGUUGGUGGAGGAAGGCGAAAUGAUUCAUGGGUUUUGCAUAAAGACUGGCUUUUUAUCAAAGCAUAAUGUUUGCAACAGCUUGAUCACCGUGUAUGCUAAGUUUGAUUCCAUUCAUGACUCCAUCAAAGUUUUUGAGGAGUUAAACUGUAGAGAAAUCAUAUCGUGGAAUGCUUUGAUUUCUGGGUAUGCUCAGAACGGGCUGUGUCAAGAUGCACUAAAAACAUUCUUGGUAGCAACUAUGGAGUCGAAGUCAAACAAUUACACAUUUGGUAGUGUCUUGAGUGCAAUUGGUGAUGCUCAGGAUAUUUCUCUGAAAUAUGGCCAAUGA